GAGACUAUAAAUAUAAAUUUACACUAAGAUCAACCAACGCCGUCACUUCUUGAGCUCGUGGUUUGCCCUUCACUUUCAGCUACCAAAGCCGUCACCACAAACGGUGCGACCGUUUGUUUGUGUGUUGUGUGUUGCAUAGAGGAUGAAGUAGACCCUCGCUUUCUCAUAAACUCCCGGAGAAUCUCACUGUACCGAAUCGAUCGCCGGCUAAUUCCGUCGGGAACUUAGAUCAACUGCGCCGACGAUCUAGGGUUCCGGCGAGGAUUUCUCUUGCUUUUAAAAUGGCUUCCGAGGAUGUGAAACCGAGCGAAUCUGCCGUAUCCAAGAUCGUCAAUUUGGCCGAGGAGGCCAAGCUGGCUAGAGCGAGAGAAAGCGUAGUGAAAACUCCAAACUACGCUAUCCUUAGUAUCUGCAAGUCUCUGGUGGCUGGUGGAGUCGCUGGUGGAGUAUCACGCACAGCCGUUGCUCCACUGGAACGGUUGAAAAUAUUACUCCAGGUCCAGAAUCCCCAUAACAUUAAAUACAAUGGAACAAUUCAAGGCUUAAAAUAUAUAUGGAGAACUGAGGGGUUACGUGGAUUAUUUAAAGGAAAUGGUACUAAUUGUGCUCGUAUUAUCCCAAACUCAGCUGUCAAGUUCUUCAGCUAUGAGGAAGCUUCUAAGGCAAUAUUGUUGCUCUAUCAACGGCAAACUGGCAAUGAUGAUGCUCAGCUCACUCCUCUCUUACGACUUGGAGCUGGAGCAUGUGCUGGAAUUAUUGCUAUGUCUGCUACAUACCCAAUGGACAUGGUCCGAGGAAGGCUAACGGUGCAGACGGAGAAGUCUCCAUAUCAGUAUAGGGGAAUGUUCCAUGCUCUAUCAACUGUGCUCAGGGAGGAGGGCCCACGAGCUCUCUACAAGGGCUGGCUUCCUUCUGUUAUUGGAGUUAUUCCAUAUGUUGGUCUCAAUUUUGCUGUAUAUGAAUCUCUCAAGGAUUGGUUAAUCAAAACUAGACCAUUUGGGCUCAUUCAAGAUUCUGAUUUGAAUGUGCCAACACGGUUAGCUUGUGGAGCUGCUGCUGGAACUGUUGGGCAAACUGUCGCCUACCCUCUUGAUGUUAUUCGCCGAAGGAUGCAGAUGGUAGGAUGGAGUAAUGCUGCUUCUGUUAUCACUGGGGAUGGUAGAAGCAAAGCUCCACUUGAAUAUACUGGCAUGAUUGAUGCCUUUAGGAAAACUGUUCGACAUGAAGGCUUUGGGGCAUUGUACAAGGGUUUGGUUCCCAAUUCUGUCAAGGUAGUUCCUUCCAUUGCAAUUGCAUUUGUGGCAUACGAGACGGUGAAGGACAUUUUAGGAGUUGAGAUCAGGAUAUCAGAUUAAAGUAGGGUAAACUCCAUGAUAUUUGUUUACAUCUGUGGUAUUUUUGUAGGCGAGGGGAUAGAGAGAUGGUAAACUAGGGGUAAUUUUUUUCCUUUCUGUCUCUUCAGGUUAGAAGCAUGAUUGAGAGAGAGAUGUGUUUAUAAAUUGCUUUUCCUUGUUUCCUGUUAAAUGUUUCCUUGUGAACACAUCGUAGAUUGCAGCUCAUUCAUAUGCUGUGCUAAUAAGUAUUUUGACAAUGCAAGAAAAUGCAUUUGUAUACCUUUCAUAAGAGUUAAGAAUGCGUUCCCUGUUUGCAAUA